AUGGGAGAUCAACAAAAAAAUCCUGAAGCACUUCAGAACCUCCAAGUUAAACAUUAUGAUUACUUAUCAUUUAAAGAUAUUCAGCCUAUUGGAGGAGGGGCCUUCUCAGAUGUAUCCUCUGCUACUUUCGAAGAAAACAAAUACGCAUUAAAGCAAAUGAAAAAAAGCCAACCAUUAAAUUCUAAAAUUGCAACCCAUGGAAUUAUUGAUCAUCUUUCAAAAAUUGAUGUUAAGUUAGAAUUCAUUACCAACACAAAUGUGGAAAAUGAAACCCCUGUUAUUAAUGUUGACGGACAAUCUAUAUUAACUACACCUUCAUAUAUACCAUCAAUUACUACGUCAUCUAUAAACUUAUCUGGCAGUUUGCUCGAUAAACUAUGGUCUUCUGUUUUUUUAAGUUUAACAAACCUUGGAAAUGAAUUCCGACAAAUUCGCAAAGCGAUAAUUGAAUCGAUUGAAGAACAGGAAAAAUCUCAGGAAGAUGUAUUUAAUGAUCUUAAAAAUAGAACUAAUCAUUCAAAUUCACAUUGGAUUAGUCUCGCAACAAUUUUUAAUAAGGGAAAAGAAAAUAAUGAUAUACAGAGUGGUGAUGGCAAUAAUUAA